AUGGCGGACAGGCCCAGAGGCCAUCGAAUGGCACUACGCACCUCGACAAGAUGGAAAACCUUGCCCUUCACGCGGCUGCCGGCAGAAAUUCGCUUCCUGAGUUUGGAGGAGAUCGUACAGCAGAGGCAUCCAGGCUGGGCUUCUUUCGCAUCAGUCUGCAAAGAAUGGCAACUCUUCAUCGAGAAGCGAAACUUUUGUCGGCUAAAGCUGAGCGUGUCAUGCCUAGCUGAUUUCCAACGUCUAGUCGUUCGGACGAGGGACCUUGUUCAGCAUAUUUUGCUCGACAUCGAGCUGCCAACGUAUCCGUGCCGGCAAUGCAGAAGUAAACGGUGGCCUACCAACAGAAGGCCAAGAAUCGGCGUCACGAUCAGCGAUGGAAUCCGGAGGCUGUUCAACAUCCUCAGCACCUGGAAGACGGCGAAUGGCUUGACAUUGGAACUUGGCGCGCAUUCCCCCACAGAUUCUAAGCACUGGUUCAGGAAUUAUCUUGCCUCUGACGAGGAGGACUCUACCACUGUGCAAAAGACCGACUAUAGUUGGUACGAUCCGCUCCACGGUUGGGUCAAUGGCAAGCAGGUCCAGUAUCCUCCCGAGUCCGUUAUACGACGGCUCUUCGACACGCCCCAUCUCUCGUUCUCCGACAGACGAGCGCCCCCUCACGUCGAAAACGUCACAUGUCUCAUGAUACGUCGCGAAAUGCGCCGUUCACUUCCCGCUUCAUCACUUCAUUUUCUACUGUACAAGCUCCCCCGUCUGGAACGCCUGAUGCUCGAGCCAUGGCGGAUGUGGGAGGCUGAGUGGAGGAUGAUAAACGACACAAAGAUGAUGGACUUGAUAUUGAAGCUGGCCACCCGAAGUCUCAAGAGAAUAUCGAUAUUUGAAGAUUUCAGCGACUAUCUUACCACAGCAAUGGUCAAGGCGACUACCAGACCACACUGGCCCUCUCGUGUGGAAACCUACCGUAUUACAGAUCCUCAGCUUGCUACCGCCUUUGCUACUCGGAGCCGCGACCUUGAGCACCUCGCUGUCUCGUACAUGAUCGACGCCAAAGACUUUUUCCAAAACGCCAAUCCAUUCUCGGUCUGGGGAAGUUUGCAGUCUCUAGCUCUGACAUCGAGACUCCUACUGCCUACGACAAGCCGACAGGAGAUUGAUUACUUGCUGCACAAAACUGGUACUCCAGGUUGA